GAAUGUGAUGCUGUCGCAGCGUGAUGUACUUAUCUGGGGGGUUGUAAUGAUAUCUGAUUACCUAUCUGGUAUAAAUACUGUUUUCUUUAAUCAGAUGUCCUUUCCCAUAAUUAAUCUGUGAUUCAAAUGCAAUAAGUUUGACUCUUUUCACCAUCAAUAAUGACCAACUCAAGAGCAAAACAAUUGUUCCUGUCGAUUUUUGAGUAUUAUACUCCUAAAAUAGUAUUAAUAAAGGAUCUAAAAAUAGGCAUAUUAAACAGACUCGUACAGCUGACUAUAAUCAGUUACAUUAUUGGGUAUGCAAUAAUCUGGAACAAAGGGUAUCAAGAAUUUAGUACGAUAGAAAGUUCUGUUACCACCAAAGUAAAAGGUGUCGUAUACACUAAUUUUACAAAAGACCAAUUUGACCCUAGGAUAAAAAAUAUUGAAGAUUAUCGUAGAAUUUGGGAUACUGCAGAUUAUGUUGUCCCUCCCUCCGAAAACAAUGCAUUUUUUGUUAUUACAAAUAUUGUAAUUACUUCAAAUCAAACUCAAGGCACUUGUCCUGAGGAUCCCAGUGUUUAUGGUGCUGAAUGUAAAACUGACAGUGAUUGCAUUGCAGGACAUACACUUCCAACUGGAAAUGGUGCUUUUACAGGUAAAUGUACGUUUUCAGACAUGCAGAAAGGGAAAAAAGUCUGUGAAAUAGUUGGCUGGUGUCCAGUUGAAAGAGACAUAAAUCCACUGCUUAACUCCAAAGCACUUUUGUCAAACACAAAGACUUUCACUGUGUUACUCAAGAACUUUGUAGAUUUCCCUAAAUUUAAAAUCAAAAGACGAAACAUUCCCAAUUUCAAGGACCCUAACUAUUUAAAGCGUUGUAAUUAUCAUCCAACCAGUGAUCCCCUUUGUCCAAUUUUUGUGCUAAAAGACAUCGUUCCAGGUGAUUAUGAAAAACUGGCUUUAAAAGGAGCAGCAGUUGCUAUAAUUAUUAAAUGGGAUUGCAACUUUGAUUUCGCUGCUUCCAAAUGCUUCCCUACUUAUGAAUUUCGAAGAUUAGAUGAAGAUGAUUCUCCUAUCGCUCCAGGCCUGAAUUUUAGAUAUGCUCAUUACUAUACAGAUUCUCAGAGAACACUGUAUAAGGCAUAUGGUAUUAAGUUUAUCAUCAUGGCUCAAGGAAGAGGAGGAAAAUUCAAUGUGGUGCCAUUGUUUUUAAACAUUGGUUCUGGCCUUGGGCUUUUAGCUGUGGCCACCAUAUUAUGUGACAUUAUUGUGCUGUACAUCGUGAAAAAGAGAGAUGUUUACAAGUCAAUGAAGUAUCAAGAAGUAGUUGAAGACCCUGCAAAUAAUAAUGUGAGCUGUGAGAAGAAAGGUAGUGAAUCAUUUUUGCAUGAUCCUAGAGAUAUAUUUUUAAAGCCAAACUGAUAAGUGUUCGUGGACAACAUAUGAAAGCAGCUCUGAAAAUUAUCUUUUGAUAGGCAGUCAACAACUUUUGUACACAUUUUACUGUUUGUUUUUUAUUUAACUAAAAAAUCCUUUAAAGUUGGCAACAGUUUCAAAUCUUCAGCCUUAUUCUUAAUAAAUUUGUAUCAUUUUGUAAUGGGGUUGUUUCCUUCAGUCAAAAGUAGUACUUUUUGUCACUGAAAUUGAUAGAAUAAGCAAAAAGAAUAACAUGGACUCAGAAAAUUCUUUCAUUUUCCCAACAGUUACUUUUUAAUUAUUUUUUUUAAAUUUCCAAUUUUUCAAACAAGGCGUGGUCUUGAUGACGUCACAAAUGGUGCACUAUGAUGCAUCUAUCAACCGCAUUUCCACGUUAUGAUAAUCAAUAAGC